AUGAUCUGGAUGACCGAGCAGCAAGAGAACCUGAUUGUUACCAAGAUCAUACAAGCGAACAAGCCCACUAUAAUCCAAGUAACUGAGGCAGGCAUAAUCGGAAAGAUCGGCUUCAACAGCAGCGGCGUAGGCACAUUGUUCAACGCCAUCAAAGUUCACGGCGUGGAUUCUACUCGGAUGCCCGCUCACUUUGGCUUGAGAAUGGCACUGGAGAGCACGUCAGUCGACGAAGCAGUACGCAAGCUGGAGAGUUUCGGCAUGGCAUCCUCAGCCCACAUCCUCAUGGCUGAUGCGAACACGGCCGUGGGCUUAGAAUUCACGAAGAGUACUUUUGCGCACGUGUUGCCAGACUCUAGCUCAAGAGUCAUUCAUACGAACCAUCUGCUGCUGGAGCACCCUGGCGAAGUCGAUACUGUAUGGCUCAAGGACUCCAUCACUAGGGUUCAAACAAUGGCAACAAACGUCGGAGCGCUGGGCGACGACCCGAGCUGGGAAGACGUGACUCAAUUGUUUGCCGACCAGCAGAAUGCACCGGGUGCGAUAUGUAGAUCUGAGACGGAGGAGACUGGGAGUGGUACGCUGUUCAACAUUGUCAUGGACUUGAAGAGCAAAAAGGCAGUGCUGAAAAUGGGAAAACCGACACAGCCGGAGGAAACUCUGAAUUUCGAGCUAUAG